AUAGGUGAGUUUGGGGUAGGAAACAGAAAUUUCUCUUCAGAAGAUUCUUGUUGGUGACCUAGGGUUGCGACCCAGGCUUGCUUCAUUCUGCUUUCCUUGCUUCACAAGAUUAGGGAAGGUUUGUGCUCCUGAAGCCUUGGGAGUUGUCAUAAGCUAAAGAGACGGGAUCUCGGCCCCUAGGAAGGGUCACUCUCCCAGAGAUAGCUACACCUCUUCUCAGGAGACCCUAGUAUUUCUAGAGCAAGCUUUGCUUUCACCAAAACUAAGGAAGUGACAGGAGGAGACCCUGCUCAGGACCUAAGGAUGCUGUGAGCAGAAGAUGGGAUCACGGAACAGCAGCAGCGCAGGAUCCGGGUCUGGAGACCCCUCUGAGGGCUUGUCCCGAAGAGGGGCUGGCCUGCGUCGGAGUGAGGAAGAGGAAGAGGAGGAUGAAGAUGUGGAUCUGGCCCAGGUACUGGCCUAUCUCCUCCGCAGAGGCCAAGUGAGGUUGGUGCAGGGAGGAGGUGCAGCAAAUUUACAACUCAUCCAGGCCCUCUCGGACUCAGAGGAAGAGCAUGACAGUGCCUGGGAUGGUCGUCUUGGGGAUCGAUACAACCCACCUGUGGAUGCAACCCCUGACACCCACGAGCUGGAAUGCAAUGAGAUCAAGACACAGGUGGAAUUGGCCACAGGGCGGCUAGGGAUUAGACGGGCAGCCCAGGAUUACAGCUUUCCUCGAAUGUUGUACCAGAGAGAACGGGGCCUCUGCCACCGGGGAAGCUUCUCCCUUGGAGAACAGUCUCGAGUGAUGUCUCACUUCUUGCCCAAUGAUCUGGGCUUCACUGAUACCUACUCUCAAAAGGCUUUCUGUGGCAUCUACAGCAAAGAUGGUCAGAUCUUCAUGUCCGCUUGCCAAGACCAGACAAUCCGACUAUAUGACUGCCGGUAUGGCCGCUUCCACAAAUUCAAGAGCAUCAAGGCCCGGGAUGUAGGCUGGAGUGUCCUGGAUGUGGCCUUCACCCCUGAUGGCAGCCACUUCCUGUACUCCAGCUGGUCUGAUUACAUUCAUAUCUGCAACAUCUAUGGGGAAGGAGAUACACACACUGCCCUGGAUCUGAGGCCAGAUGAACGUCGCUUUGCUGUCUUCUCCAUUGCUGUCUCCGCAGAUGGACGAGAAGUACUAGGAGGGGCCAAUGAUGGCUGCCUGUAUGUUUUUGACCGAGAACAAAACCGGCGUAUCCUUCAGAUUGAGUCUCAUGAGGAUGAUGUGAAUGCAGUGGCCUUUGCUGAUAUAAGCUCCCAAAUCCUGUUUUCUGGGGGAGAUGAUGCCAUCUGCAAGGUGUGGGAUCGACGCACCAUGCGGGAGGAUGACCCCAAGCCUGUGGGUGCACUGGCUGGACACCAGGAUGGCAUCACCUUCAUUGACAGCAAGGGUGAUGCUCGGUAUCUCAUCUCCAACUCCAAAGACCAGACCAUCAAACUCUGGGAUAUCCGACGCUUUUCUAGCCGAGAAGGCAUGGAAGCCUCACGCCAGGCAGCCACACAGCAAAACUGGGACUAUCGCUGGCAGCAGGUGCCCAAAAAAGCUUGGCGGAAGAUGAAGCUCCCAGGGGACAGUUCCUUGAUGACCUACCGGGGCCAUGGGGUGCUACACACCCUCAUCCGCUGCCGAUUCUCCCCCACCCAUAGCACGGGCCAGCAGUUCAUCUACAGUGGCUGCUCCACUGGCAAAGUGGUCGUGUAUGACCUCCUCAGUGGUCACAUUGUGAAGAAGCUGACCAACCACAAGGCCUGUGUGCGUGAUGUCAGUUGGCACCCCUUCGAGGAGAAGAUUGUCAGCAGUUCGUGGGACGGGAACCUGCGUCUGUGGCAGUAUCGCCAGGCUGAGUACUUCCAGGAUGACAUGCCAGAGUCUGAGGAAUGCUCCAGCCCCCCUGCCCCAGUGUCCCGCCCCACUAUGGCCUUUUCCCCACCCCAGUAGACCAUUCUGACCGUUACCCUUUUAUAGGGUGAAUCUCUCACCAGGUUCUCUGUCUCCUCCUCCCUUUCCUUUAUGGGGAAUGUGUGGAGGAAUCACUGGCAUUGGAUGGCAUGAAACAGUAGCCCAAGCUCUGAGCCCCACCUGAGCCCUGGAAGAUAACUCCACGGGCUGAAUGGUCUCCUCAUGCAUUCAUACCCAGUCUGCUUGGGGUCCCUAUCUCUGGCCAGGGCCUGGAGGACUGCCAUUAUCUGGGAUGUGGCCUCUGCCAUCAAAAGAACUAUCCUGUUUUUAAUCAUGUUUGGAUGUUAGGUGUUGGCUCCUAGAGAAGAUGCCUUAGGUCGGGUCUGAGUGGACCUGUCAUCCAAGCCCAUUGCCCAAGUCAUCACACUGAGGAUUAGUUUGGCCAGAGAGAGGUCCAGGUGUUCUGGCCUUUCUUCCUGAGGUCUUUGGGGAAGUGCAGGGUGAGUGGAGGUAUUUCCUCACCACCCUUCUGGGGAGGGGAUAAGGUCUCUCUUUACCAUGCCUAGAUCACUGGGGUUAGACAGGCUGUGGUGUGAGAGGAAGUAGUCUCCAAAGCUCCAUGUGGCCCCAACAGGGCAGGUCCUAAUUUCCCAGAGGUUCCUAUCGUGCUGGAGGCCAGCAGCUUCAAGGACCGAAGUUGAAGUAGGACUCCUUUGUCCUCUCACUCACUUUGGCUCCCUCAAUAAACUCUCUGUGGGAACCUGGCUUAGUGUCCCUGUCUCACUGUUUUUCCUAUCUGAGGUCUUUUGUCCUCUUACUUCAAGAAAACGGCUUCCACAGUCGUCAGGUUUCUGUUUUAUAUCUCAAGAUGAAAGGAAAUACUAAAAUCAUUUGUCAUUUGAGCCUUGCAAUAGACUCUUCCUCACCAAGCUCAGAAAUUUGCCCGCGUGUACACAUGGAGGGUUAGCAUGUUUUCUGUGAGAGCCCAGGAAUACCUGCAACUCCUCUGCUCUGGAGCUGCUCCAGUCUUUGUAAGAGGUGGCUCAUAAACACAGAGCCAGAGAACCUGGCCAGCAGUGUCCCAUCCAGAUGCCUCCUGGUCAGAACCUUUGGCCCCAGAGCAAACUGAACAAAGGUCAGGAGGGGAUGGGAUUCACACCCUGCUCUGACUAGAACUUUCCCCACAGCAUGUCAUGCUCUCUAAGCAGUUUUCAAACCAGGAUAUACACUUUCAGGGUGACUCAUAGGCUGUCACAGCAAGAGGUAGCAGGGGUACUGUUAUGGUUUGUAUCUAGAGUAUCCCUAAAGAGUCUUGUGUUCAGAGGUAAGGUUUUUGGAGGGUGAUGGAUCAUGGAAGCACUGUAGCUGAUUUGCUUUUAGGAGGUGUGGGGUAGUCAGAAGAAGCGAAUUACUGUGGUACGACCUGGAAGUACAUCCCUCCACAGCUCCUCUCUCUGUCUCUGCUUCCUGGCCACUGUGAUAUGAGCAGGCCUUUCCACCGUGCACUUCCUGCCCUGGCCAGCCAGUUUUGGGCUGAAACUUCUAAAAGCCACAAGCCCCAAUAAACUUCUCUCCCACUUACAUUGUGGAUAUCAGGUAUUGCCUCAGCAGUAAGGAAAGUGACUUAAGACAGGUACCUAUUUCAUGGCCAAAUAGUAGGUGGUUUGGUUUUGUUCUUUUAGAUU